AUGGAGAUCUCACAGCAACCCUUGCUCUUAGCCUCUCUUCUUCUGCUCUUCGUGUGGCUGUUGCUCCAGGCUUCACCUCGCAAGCAGCGCACUAAUGGCCAAGGCCGGCACAUCCCAAGUCCGCCGGCGCUUCCCGUCUUGGGCCACCUCCACCUCCUCAAGAAGCCGCUGCACCGCUCCCUAGCCGCGCUGGCGACCCGCUACGACACCGAAGGCGCGGGCCUCCUCCACCUCCGGUUCGGCGCCAAGCGAGUGCUCCUCGUCACCUCCCCGUCCGUCGCCGAGGAGUGCUUCACCGUCCACGACGUGGCGCUCGCGGACCGCCCAGGGCUCGCGUCGCGCCGGGUCCUGACGCAGGACUGCCCCGCCAUCGCCAUGUGCAGCUACGGCCCGCUGUGGCGCCAGCUCCGGCGGCUCGCCACGGUGCACGCGCUCUGCGCGCACCGCCUGGCCGCCACGUCCGGCGCGCGCGACGCCGAGUCGCGCGCCAUGGCAGCCAAGCUCUUGCGGCGCGCCGCAGCCAGGCCCGUCGCCGUGAAGGCGGCGGCGUAUGAGUUCGCUGCCAACGUGAUCAUGGCCAUGGUCGCCGGGACGCGCAUGACGGGGGACCAGGUGCGACGGUUCAGGGAGAUGACGGAGGCCGGGCUCGCGGCCGCUGGCGCGGCGAACCGGCACGACUCCCUGCCGGUUCUCCGGAUGCUGGACUUCGGGAGGACGAGAAGGAGGCUUGCCGGCAUCGCCGAGGCACGGCGACAGUUCGGCCAGAGCAUCCUCGACGACUACAGGCAGCGGCGUCACCGUCACCCCGGCGGAGCAGACGACGAUGCUGGGGAGAGGGAGACCGCGAGGACGGUGCUCGGGGACCUGCUCCGGCAGCAGCAGGAGGAGCAGUCGCCGGAGCAUCUCGACGACGUGGUCGUUCGCUCCGUGUGCCUGAGUUUGCUACAAGGAGGGACAGACACAACAGCGAGCACAAUCGAGUGGGCCAUGGCGUUGCUGCUCACCAACCCGUCCGCCGCCAAGAAAGCGACGGCGGAGAUCGACUCCGUCGUGGGCACGUCCCGUCUGCUGCAGGAAUCCGACCUCGCCGGCCUCCCCUACCUCCGGUGCAUCGUCUCCGAGACGCUCCGGCUAUACCCUCUCGCGCCGAACCACGUCCCACACGAGGCGUCGCGCGACUGCGUGGUCGCCAGCGGCCACGCCGUCGCGCGCGGCACCAUGGUGCUGGUCGACGUGUUCUCCAUGCAGCGGGACCCUGCCGUGUGGGGGGAGCGGCCGGAGGAGUUCGUGCCGGAGCGGUUCAUGGACGGCGGCAGCGGUGUAGGUGGCCGGAGAGAUGGUGGGAGCAGCAGGUGGAUGAUGCCGUUCGGGAUGGGCCGGCGGAAGUGCCCCGGCGAGGGCCUCGCUUUGAAGAUGGUCGGAGUCACGCUGGGGGUUAUGAUGCAGUGCUUUGAGUGGGAACCGGAUGGAGGGAAGGAGGUGGACAUGAGUGAGGGCUCCGGUCUCACCAUGCCCAUGGCCACGCCUCUUAUGGCCGUGUGCCGUCCACGUGCAAACAUGGAGUCACUGCUCAAGGCUCUCUAG